AUUCUCAUCUCGGACGUAAAGUCCUAUUCCAAUAUUGGGUUUAAAUGUCAGCUUUGUCGUCCCUACACUGCUCACAAUUCCCUUAUACAUAUCGAUCAAUUGCAACUCCAGCCCCAUUUUGAUUCCAAUUCUACUUUAACAAACCCUAGAUACAAUACAAACAGAAUCUCUAUUUGCUUUAUAGCACUUUGUGUUUGUGAUGGCGAAUCAUAAAAUUGAAGCUGCGGAUGGAGUGGUUGCAGUGGACCCCGCUUCUUCUCCCCCUCAAAAGAUCAUUAUCGACACUGAUCCUGGCAUUGAUGAUAGCAUGGCAAUCAUGAUGGCUUUCCAAAUGGCUGGUUUGGAGAUAUUAGGACUAACUACAGUAUUCGGCAAUGUUUCAACAAAAGAUGCUACAAACAAUGCUUUAUUACUCUGUGAGAUCGCUGGAUGUCAACAUGUCCCUGUCGCAGAAGGUAGCUCUGAGCCUCUGAAGGGAGGAAUUCCACGUGUCGCAGACUUUGUUCAUGGUUCGGAUGGAUUGGGUAAUACAUUUUUACCUCCACCAAAAUCCAAGAAAAUUGAAAAGUCAGCCUGUGAAUUUUUGGUUGACAAGGUUAAUGAAUAUCCUGGUGAAGUAUCCAUUCUUGCAUUGGGACCACUGACGAAUUUAGCUUUGGCUGUCAAAAGAGAUUCAUCCUUUGCAAAGAAGGUUAAGAGAGUGGUUGUACUUGGUGGAUCUUUCUUCGCUUUGGGCAAUGUUAAUCCUGCUGCUGAAGCGAAUAUUUAUGGGGACCCUGAAGCUGCAGAUAUAUUGUUCACUUCUGGGGCUAAUAUUGAGGUUAUUGGCAUAAACAUUACAACUCAAGUCAAACUCACAGAUGAUGAUUUAUCUGAACUAAGGGAGUCUGAAGGAAAACAUGCUAAGCUUCUGUCUGAUAUGUGCAAAUUUUAUCGAGACUGGCAUGUAAAAUCAGAUGGUGUAUAUGGGAUUUUCCUUCAUGACCCAGUAAGUUUCGUUGCUCUGGUAAGGCCUGAUCUCUUUAAAUAUAAGAAGGGGGUCGUGAGGGUUGAGACACAGGGAAUCUGUAUAGGUCAUACGCUGAUGGACCAAGGAUUGAAGAAGUGGAAUACGAGUAAUCCUUGGACAGGUUAUUCUCCUAUUUCUGUUGCGUGGACAGUUAAUGUUGAUGAAGUGCGUGCCUGUAUAAAAAAACUAUUAAUGGCACCAUGAUGCUACCGCACAAUGCGCUGAAUUUGCAUCAUUGCUGAAUGCCUGGCGUCCCUGUUUCCUCGGGGCUAAUUAAACUGAUAUUUUUUCAGCCAAAACUGUAUUCUUCCGACGUUUGUCCAUCUUGUACUUAUCAAUGUUAAUUUAAUUGUAUCUAAUUUUCAUUAUUACAUUGGUUAAAUAGAGCAGACUUGCGAAUAUAGUAUAUGGAGUUAUGGACGACUCUGUUCUAGUC